GGGAAAGGGAGGUGACUAUUAAUGGGUAUGGGUUUAAAGUCCUACAAUUGGCUCCUCUCUGAGGGGGCGUGGCUAGGCCCUGGAGGGCGUGGCUGGACUUUAGGGCAGACCUAGCCAGCUUAAAAGCCUGCGGAGGGGCAGCAGCCCACUCUGUGGUGGCUGUUCAGCGUGGAGGCAUGGAGGAGUGCGCUUGCCUCUGCGGCUUGGGCUCUUCGCGGGGAUGUCGGUGUCGUCAGGAGCCCCAGGGCCCAGCGGAGACGGCAGCGGCCGAGGGCAAGCCGGACCCGGCAGAAAAGCACCUCGAGGUGGACGCCGCAUGGUGCUGUGCGGGGAGUGGAGGAAUCGCGAGCCCCAGGCCGCCCCCACACUGCUCGCUGCAGGACCUGCCGGUGGAGAUGCUGGUAGAGAUCUUCGCCUCGCUCCCCGGCACCGACCUGCCCAGCCUGGCCCAGGCCUGCACCAAAUUCCACCACAUCCUGCACACCGACAGCAUCUGGAGACGGCGCUGCCGGGAGGAGUUUGGCGUUUGUGAAAACUUGCAGAAUCUGGAGACCCUAGGUACGUCUUACCGAGAAGUCUAUGCGAAGCUGCUCCACCCAUACAGACACAUUUUGGGAUUGUGGCAGCGAGAUACUGAGGGCUAUAAAACACUGCUGUAUGUAGCGGUGGACGGCUUAUGCAUUACUGGUUGGACGUACAGGCCUUGUCUUCACACCCAUGUGGACGGCCCAAUGCAAUUCAAGCCCGCGUUCAGAAUUCGCCUGACGGAGCAGAAAUCAGCCACGGUGGAGUGCAUGGAAGGCCGCCACCGCAGGCCCCACAACCGCCACAUGCAGAUUCGGAAGAACAGGUUCCGCACCCGGUGCAACAAGACAGACCACCUUAAGGAUUUACCAACGCAGCUUAGGGAGGAAUGGGGGACGGUGCUGAUGUGGAAUGAAAGACCGAGGUAUGACUGCCUGACCUACUGCCGCCUCUACCUCCCGCCCAGCCACCCGGAAGACCUCAUCAGGCCAGGCCUCUUCCAAUGCAGAUACAAUCGCUCUGGCCUAAUGAUUGCCAUGCUCAGCUUCCACGGGAAGUAUGCCAGGGUCACGGAGAUCACGGGAAUCUUAUUCCAGACGUUAGAGAUCCACCUCAUGCGCCGCAUCGAGAUGCGAGGUGGCGAGAUCUUCUGGGACGACAAUGAGCUCUUCUUCGUGGUCAAGGAGAUUGGCGAGCAGGUGCGCCAGGAGCAGCAGCAGCAGCAGAUGUGUUUCUAUGGCGUGGCCACUGCUACCUUACGUGGCUCAGUCCACUACAGGACUGGAGUCGUCACCCUGUUCGAUGAGAACCACUUCGGGUUCAUGUGUCCACGGGACAGAGGCUUCGCCCUGUUCGCUGAAGAAAAGAAGGAACAUGGGGGAAAGGCAGAAAGCAGCAGCUCCUCAGACUCCAGCAGUAGCGAUGAAGACGCCAGCAGCUCCAGCUCAUCCUCCUCGGGGGACACCUCUGACUCAGACUCCAACUGA